UCAUCGUUGCGCGCAGCCGCUCCGCCCGACGGAUAUUUUAAGAAAUGUAUCUCAGCUCCCUAGCUCUCAAAGGCUAUAUUUAAGCCCUUCAAGUCAAUAUAUCGGCGAUCUAUAUCGAACGCGCUCGAAGGGAGCGCAGCGCGGCAACGCCAGACCCCAAAACGCUUCCUCCGGUUUCGAGGCUCGCCAGCAGGGCAGCUGCUCAUUACGUCGUGUGCAGCGGUGCUCCGAAGCUUUAUGCUGCUUAACGCGGUGUGGGCGACCUUGACCCUGGCCUCGUAGGUAGCGCGCAUGCGGACGUCGCGAGCGCCGUUUUGGCAAGCCUGCAAGCACCCCAGGCCGCAGAAUACGCCGAUAUAUAAGACAAGGUACUCUUUAGUGUAGACGCUGCAAGCAGAGCGUUUUUGCGGCGUGAAAAAGAGUUCCUUCAGUAUCUGCCAUCGCAGCCGUUCUCGCACAGUCAGGGGCCGGCGCCAGCCUUCUGUCACACCAAAGUUUCUCAUACAGUAGACACUCAUUACAGUAUAGUCCCCGAAAUCACGGCAGGGGCAGCGCGCAGCCGACGUAGAAGGGAUUGAAGGACACGCGGCCCAGGUUGCUACCCCCGCUUGGCAGGAAAAUGGCCGCCGCAAAGUGCAGCGCUACAGGCCAGGCCUCCUCGUCGGCCUCGCGUGGCGACAUCGUGUCGCUCGCGGCUGCAGUGGAGAAGCUGAAUGCUCUGUCCAGCGUUGUGAGCCUGGAGCCUAGCGAGUACAGCUGGGGAACGCCAUCAAUUAUGCAGCAGCAGGCGCUGUACUCCCAGUUCAUGCAGCUGUGCGUCAUGAGCAGCCUGCUCCCGCAGCUGAGCUAUGCCUCUGCGAUGUCGAUGCCCACCGCUCGGCCGGCGAUGUUCCCUGGCUUCAUGACACCAUUUCCAGGCUUCGCCGCGAGCCCGGUGACUCCGGUUCCUUCGCCCCCCGCGCCUUCGAGCAUCGUGCAGCCAUCGCAGGCGCCUUGCGCAGAGCAGCCGGCCAAGGCCACGGCGCGUCCGGAGGGCAAGGCAAGCAAGGCUUCCGGGUCACCGAAGAAGGCCGGCUCCAAGUCCAAAGCUGCGGCGAAAUCCUCGACAGCGGCAUCCCCCAGCGCGCAGCAGCAGGCGAUUGCUGCGAUGAAGGCGGAGGACAUGGAUCUCGAUGCGCUGCUCGGGGUGCUCGGCGACGAUUCUUUCCUCGAGAAUCUGCAGGACGACGUGCUGUCCGAGGGCUCCAACGGCAGCUCCAGCACCAUGGACGGCCGCCUGCAGAAGGCAACCAGCAACGGCUCCUUUCACAACGACUUCGCCUCGGCGUUCGACCUGGACAUGGACGACCUGCCCGCCGCCGCCGCCUCGCCCGACGGCAACAAUGCCGCCGCGGCCGCCGCUCCGCACGCCGCCGCCGCGGUGGCUGCCGCCGCGGCCGCCAGCACGGCGCCCGCCAAGUCUCACAGCGGUGACCUGAACAACCUCAUGUCAGGCUCGCCCACAAAGUCCACACGGUCCAGCCGGCGUGAGGCCGCGGCGGCGCAGCGCUCCGUCGAGGCGGGCAACUCGUCGACCGGCAUGAUGCCGCCGUCCGGUGCCGCCGCCGCCGCAUCGGCGCCGGCCAUGAAGAUUUCGCUCAAGGUCAAGGGCGGCGUGAGCAAGGCCUCGGUCGGUGGCGCCGGCCCCAAGGCCGCCAGGGUGGCGGCGGCGGCGGCGCACGUUGCAGCGGCGGCGCCCUCGACGCCGCAGCAGCAGGCAGGCGGCGAGGAGUGCCCGCUGUCGGGCGCGGAGCUGUCGCGCCUGCUCGGCGAGGACGACAACAGGAUCCCAGACGGCUGGGACCUGGAUCUCGAUUUCGAGAACCCUUUUUCGUGCUCCAUCACGGCUUUCUAAGCGCCGCGAUGGACUCUACACACAGCGUAGGCGGCGUCGGCCGGAGCUGCGGCUUCCUUGACCUAAUGGCGCGGAUUCCCGCGCCGCGAGGCCCUUGGUGGCAGCGACAUUCAGGGCGUGUUGCCCUGGCUCCCCUACCGCCGGUAUGCCAGUUUUUUCCCCGCCAGCUACGACACGUAAAGGCAAGGCUCAGCAUGCGCCGUACUCGCUAUGCUAGCCUUCCAUGACUGACCGCUUGGCCUGGCGUCCGGCGUUUGGGCGAGUGGGAGCUCAGGCAGCUGCCAGCUGCUGACAAUAUAUACCAAUCCGCAAAAAAAGAUGUCUUGAGCCGCGCAACAGCAGGCGGCGGCGGCGGUGCAAAGGCGCAUGUGUGCGUCACAGCCGAGGCCGUCGCCGUCGUUGCUCCUUUUUUUCUUGCGCCCAAAUGGAAGAUCGUGCACUGACGUUGGAGUAGCGCUGGGCCGCCGGACCGACUGCCAUGUUCAAUGGCUGCGUCUGGCGCGCCGCAAGUGCGCAUGGACACGCAAGGCUGUUACUGCGGGGGAGAAGUAAUUUACAAUGCCGUAGAUCAAUGAACCAACUGUUGCUUCACCUUAUGACAAGCGACGCCUUGAAUGGCGAUGAGUGAAUGAGCGGUGGAAGCGGCUAGGCACGUGCCGGACAAAAUGGGGCAGUGAAGGAGAAUGGCUGGCACAGCCGGUUCAACGUCGCAACGAUACCUAGUACCGUAAAUGCGAUGCGUUGGGUUGCGGAUUAUACCGUACGGUUGGGGUUGGAUUCUGGGGGAAAGGGGCCAUGCUCCACGGGGAUGGCAGGACAUAAGCGCACUGCAAAGCAGGAAUGCUUGGUUGGCUAUGCCUCAGACUGCAAGAGGCUGGGCACUUGUUGCUGUGACGAGGCACACUCGGCAUAGGGACGCUUGCCUUGCCAUUUGCUACGCUGACAGGCGAAGCCAGACUCCACGACUUGUGAGUGUGUGUGUGUGCGAGGUGAAGUAGCGAGUAUGCAAACGUGCAAAAAGUUUUGUUUCUGUGUGCCAAAGGGAAGGGAGAUGGGAACAUUGCACGAGGUUACGUGCGGGACGGCAAGCAAGAGUGCGAGUGUUUGUCAGUGAGUGUGUGCGAGUGUGCAACACACAUCGUGGUGUGCGCAGUGCGUUGUGUUUUUGGUUGCGAAGCUAGUGCAUGCAUGGGCCUUGUCGCGGCAUCUCCGCAGAGUGCGCGCCCUGAGAUUACUGGAUUCUUUUCCCGAAGAUGAGCGUCCCGAGGAGCAGGAGCGGAGUGGACGCCUUCACGAGUUGAGCGGAAGGUGAGAGACGGGUGAUCGCGGGUGUUCAAGCAGGCAGUGAGCUGGAGGCUGCAGUGAGCUGAGCUGAAGAGUGACAGUCAGGCAUGACGACUGAACGGGUAGAGGCAAUAAGCAACAGGUGGAGGCGAGGGUGCACAGGAGGCUUCGUCUGCCUGUGCCGUGGCCAUGGCAGGCACCAAACGGAGUAAACGUCGUUAGUCAUUUGCCCAGUAGGGGCUUGCGGGGGAGGGCAAGAGGUGAUUGGGUAACCCCACGCAGGGUAUUGGCGCUGCAAGUCGGUUUAGGCAGUGUGCCUCGCUUCGUUGCACUGCACGUUUGACACAAGAUAAUAAAGGUUUUUUGAUGUCCAGAUUGUACAGGUGAGAAUUGCGUAGACACAUCCUGGGAGACCUGUUGUGUUUGCAUCAAGACCAUUGGAGCACGCUGUGUACGGCAGUGUGUGCGUGUGGAUUUGGUAUGGCAAUUUCUGCGUGCAGGUUUGAUGACUUGUUUCCAGGGUUUGAGGUGGCGGGGCUAGCGCGACCGCCAUGGACAACGGCCUGGUGCCUGUGAUCCUAAAUUUAGUUAUAACGUAUUCAAAUGGUUGCCCUGCAGUUUGAGGCUAGUCGUUGAUUCCCUUCGUGGGCUACGGAAACACUCCGUGGGCGAUGAUGUCCGAAGGAUGGCUGUGUGAGUGCCGGUUAUGCGAGUGGAUGAAUCAGGAAUGGCCACGGAAGAGCGGAAAGGCGGCAACCACCAAGGCGGCGCAGUGGAUGGAUGGCAGCCCAGGCGUAUGCCAGGCAGAGACUCAGAAGAACACCCUCGGAAGAUGUUGACAUCCGUUCCCAAGGCGUGGGUGUCUGGAGGUAGCUGUGGGUUGGCAUGAGAUGUGUUGGGUUUGCAUGCAUCAUGCGCUUGUUGUAAUGGGUUGUGUUGCAGCCGACUUGCGAUGCGCGCCACGCGCACCACCGGAUGCCACAUGUGUAGGUGGCAGUUUGGUGCUUCCCAUGCUUUGCUGACGUGCGGAAGGGCGCAGCGGUGUACAGAGUGCUUGUGAUGGUGAUUCGGAAUGUGUUCGUGGCUGUGGUGUUGGCGUGUGGCUAUGAUUGGCAAGGGUUUGCCUACGAAGUUAAUUAUUUUUGGGGACUUGCGGAAACGACUGUAAUGUCCUGUUGAC